GCACCUCUCCUGCCCCCUCAUCGGGGUCAUCGCCCCACCUCAUACACAUCGCACCUCAUAACAGCCUCCUCCUGCCCAGCGGAAAUUCCCAAGCACUCCACUUUCACUUUCUCAACCUUUUCCCCCACCCCAUACCCUUUUCCCAUCUCCAUCUCUAUCCCCCUCUCCCUUUCCGCCUUUUUCCUUUUCAACAUGGCUGCUACCUUCGCUGCCGUGGGAUCGCCUCUUACCGCCGCUGCUAUUACUCGCAAGACCAAGAUCGCCUAUUUUUUACGCGCACCGGACAAGCUCCGGGGGUCUCCCAUUUCGCAAUGCCGCUCCAUCAGAUCCAUCUCGCGCCCAGGCAUAAAGGCCCAGGUUGCCACGGCGGAACAAACUACUACGGAAACAGUACAGAAAGCAGAAGCUCCUGUCGUUGUAAUCACUGGAGCCUCCAGAGGAAUUGGCAAAGCGAUUGCUCUGUCUCUGGGUAAAUCUGGUUGUAAGGUUCUGGUUAAUUAUGCAAGAUCAUCUAAGGAAGCAGAAGAAGUUUGCAAAGAGAUAGAAAUGUCGGGUGGACAGGCCCUUACUUUUGGAGGAGAUGUUUCAAAAGAAGCUGAUGUUGAAUCCAUGAUUAAAACUGCAAUGGAUAAAUGGGGAACAAUAGAUGUCAUGAUCAAUAAUGCAGGCAUCACAAGAGAUGGUUUAUUGAUGAGAAUGAAGACAUCUCAAUGGCAGGAUGUCAUUGAUCUAAACCUUACUGGAGUUUUCCUAUGCACACAGGCUGCAGCCAAAAUAAUGAUGAAGAAGAAAAAGGGAAGGAUAAUCAACAUUGCAUCUGUCGUUGGUCUUGUGGGCAAUGUUGGGCAAGCCAACUAUAGUGCUGCAAAAGCUGGGGUAAUUGGAUUCACAAAGACUGUUGCCAAGGAGUAUGCCAGCAGAAACAUCACUGUAAAUGCUGUUGCUCCUGGAUUCAUUGCAUCUGACAUGACUUCUCAACUUGGGGCAGAUUUUGAGAAAAAGAUACUGGAAGCCAUCCCAUUGGGGCGGUAUGGACAACCCGAAGAAGUUGCUGGCCUGGUGGAAUUCUUGGCCCUUAAUCCUUCCGCCAGCUACAUCACUGGACAGGUGCUAACCAUUGAUGGUGGCAUGGUUAUGUAAACAGCAUCCGUUAAAGUUGUUGCCAGCAUUCGUCAUGUCAUCCCAUCAAGUUUUAGGACAGGUUAGGACUUCUUAUGAUACAUGCAAACAAAUUUGGAGUCGGCCAAACAAGAGGUGAUUUAAGUCUUUUGGUUUUUUUCAUACAUAUAUAUAAUUGUUAUUCUGAAGAUCAUCAUGAUGUUACAAGGCAAAUAAUACGACUGACUAAUUAAUUGCCUGAAUAUGGUUUGGGGCAGAAAUUUCCAAUCACCUUUUAUUUAUUUAUUUAUUAUUUUUGGUUA